GUCUCGUUUAAUUCUAAGUUGAGAAUCCUCUGAGGAACAGACGCAGCCUUACAAAACGAGACACAGCUACUGUUUGAGUAUCCAAAACACCUACAAUUAGACAGUGAAGUUUGUUUUCUGUUGACGGGCCUUUGGGAGAGACCAUUUGUAAGAGACAUACCAAAGAGGGGAGCGCGUACCAAUUAAAAUGCACGUGAAAAAAGCGAGUAAACAAAUUCGAUCAAAUAUAAUUCAUGGUUACAUGUGCCCAUAUUUCCAACUGUAUUUAUAGCUUUCUUGUGGUAAUUUAUCUUACUUAGAAGAUAAAUACAUACUUGUAUAGUAUAGAAACAGUAGUAAAAGCAAUGCAGGUCGAGUUGGAUAAAAGCGUCUGCCAAAUGCAUAAAUGUAAAUCUAUGUUCAUAUAUCUUCACUCUUUUGACCUGGUUUGAUCCUCACGUUGCCUGGUUAGGGCGUGGCUACACGGUUUUAAAACCACGCGUUGUUUUAUUAUGAAAAAAGUUGAAUAGCAUAAUUAAAUAAAUUAAAACUAUAGCGUAAAUAAUAAUACUUUGCUUUACAUACUACAUAAGACUGCUUUACAGUCCUGAUACUUACAACAACAAACCCAGGUAAGUCAAGGGAGAGUAAGGCGAGUACGCUCUUGACAAUUUACUUCCGUAUCUUUCCAACACUUUCCAGUUUCUAACUCUGUGACUGCAUACAAUCCUAUUUCAGAUUUUCACAAUGGGAGAUCACAGCAUUCCACGAAUGACAUUAAUAGUCGUCUCGACUGUCGCAUUCAUUGUAUGUGUCGCUUUCAACGCACUUGCUGGACCAGGAGGUGGUCCUUUUAAGAACUCCACCAGUGCUGUAUCAAAUGAAUAUAAUACAGAAAUCACACCCUCUGGGUGGACCUUCUCAAUUUGGGGAGUCAUCUACACCUGGCUGUCGCUCAUGAUUGUUUACAUCCUCACAACUACCUGCAGAAGAACAGUGGAUGGUCCAAUGUACUGCAGUCCUGCUGUUUUGCCAUACGGAUUCUUUAUUAUCUGGAUAUUGAACAUGCUGAUUAAUAUAAGCUGGCUCUUUCUGUGGGACAGCGAGAUGAUGAUUGCUGCAGUGAUUUUCCUGGCCUUAAUCGCGUUCACAAACUACUUGACGAUAUUCCUCUCCUGUCAUGCACUUAAAGAGUAUGGAGCCUGGUUAAACAAAUAUCACAAAGUAGACCUUUGGUGCAUUCGAAUACUGGUUCAGAAUGGCAUUGCAACAUAUGCAACAUGGACAACUAUUGCCACCCUACUCAACUUCACUAUUGUGCUUAACUAUAAUGCUGGAAUGAAUAAAUCAGAUGCAGCAACACUAUCUCUCUCAAUACUUCUGGGGGAAGUCGUUGCCUGGUUUAUUGUUGAGAACUUUGUGUUUGAGAAGCACUUGCGAUACAUUCUGACAAUCUACCCUGUUGUCAUUGUUGCCCUGAGUGGAAACUUGACAAAGAACUUUAAUGCUGCAAACCCAAGCCGCAAUGGCAUUUACAUAGCUGUCCUGCUGGGGUUGGCUUGUGUAUUGUUUGCAAUUAGACUGAUGCUGGUAAUAUGGAGGCAUAUUAAACGUCCUAUCUACAGAGGCAUCAAUGCAGAAGAGGUCAUGUCACCAAUGGAUAUCGCUAAACAGCAAAUGAAGAUCUUUAGUUAAACCAAACGUUUAUGUAAUUACAUAUUGUUUAUCAUUUGAAUAAUAUAUUUUUUAUCAUUGCUAUUUAUGUAUUCAGUAUAUUGAUUAUACAGCCUUGGAAAAUAAUUAGAAGACCAAAACUAUUUUUUUCCAAAUUUCGAAUAAAAUAUUGUUUCUAGUUGCACUUAUUCGUAUAAAAAAAUUAAACUGUACAAACUCUCACAAAUCAACAGUUCGAUAGAAUAUAUUAUAAGCACACCGCGAGUGUUAAUUUGACCUUUUUGUAACACUCAAGAUUUUGUUGUUUAGAAACAGGUCAAAAUAACAGAAAAGAUUUUUCAGACCUCAAAUAUUGCAAAGAAAACUAGUUCAUAUUCCCUCCAAUUAAGCAACACAACAGUUAUAUUUGUACGCGUAUUUAGGAAGAAAAAAAAUGAAUGUGAUUUUCAUGUGUCUUGUCAUGCUGUCAGUCUUUCACAUUGCUGUUGGAUGAUUUUAUGUCACUCCUGAGGUUUGAUUUUGUUGAAAUUCAACAGACACUGACCUGGACUGGACACAAUACAUCUUGAAAUGCUGAUUAAAUGAAAUUUGGAAUUCUUU